AACAGCAUCACAGAGAAGAAGAGAAGGCGGACGCGGAGGAGCCAGGAUGCUGUCCUGGAUCAAUGAUGACUUCAACAAGAAACGGCCUGAAGAACAACAAAGUAGAGAAGAGGAGGAAGUGGAAGAGGAGGAGGAGGAGGGUAAAGAAGAGUCCUCUGAUCCACCCGCAACCUGCACAACUACUGACAGCCCUUCAGUCCAGUCAGGAAAUCAAUUUGUCAGCUGGGACUCGGGAGAGGAGGUGGCAGUGGCCCUGUCCGACUCCAACAGAGAGGAGUUACCCUGGAAACGGAAGGAGGCGGAAGAGCACGAUGAGGCGGAGACAAAAGCGGUGGCGUCAUCCCCUGAUGGACGAUUCCUCAAGUUCAACAUCGAGAUUGGACGUGGAUCCUUCAAGACGGUUUACAAAGGACUGGACACGGAGACAACGGUAGAGGUGGCAUGGUGUGAACUACAGACAAACCGACUGAACAAGAUGGAGCGUCAAAGGUUCAGUGAGGAGGUGGAAAUGUUAACUCUGCAGCAUCCAAACAUUGUUCGCUUCUUUGAUUCCUGGAAGUCGACAGUGAAGGGACACAAACGUACCAUCCUGGUGACAGAGCUCAUGACAUCAGGAACCCUAAAAAUGUAUCUGAGCAGGUUCCGUGAGAUGAAGCUGAAACUGCUGCAGCGCUGGAGUUUCCAGAUCCUCAAGGGACUGCAGUUUCUGCAUUCCCGCUGUCCGCCCGUUCUGCACAGAGACCUCAAGUGUGACAAUAUCUUCAUCACAGGACCCACUGCCUCGGUCAAGAUCGGAGACCUGGGCCUCGCCACACUCAAAAAGGCCUCGUUUGUCAAGAGUGUCAUCGGGACCCCUGAGUUUAUGGCUCCAGAGAUGUAUGAUGAGAAGUAUGAUGAGGCCGUGGAUGUUUACGCCUUCGGUAUGUGCAUCCUGGAGAUGACGACCUCUGAGUAUCCAUACUCUGAGUGCCAGAAUGCCGCACAAAUCUAUCGCAAGGUCACCAGUGGAAUCAAACCAGACAGUUUUUUCAAAGUCCAAGUCUCCGAGCUGAAGGAGAUCAUCGAAGGCUGCAUCCGAACCAAAAGCAGUGAGAGGUUCACUGUCCAGGACCUGCUGGAUCACAGGUUCUUCCAGGAACAGCUGGGUGUUCACGUAGAGCUGGCUGAGGAGGAAGACAGCUCAAAGGCGGCGCUGAAGCUCUGGCUCCGUAUGGAUGAUAACAAGAAGCUUCAUGGCAAAUACAAAGACAACAAUGCCAUCGAGUUCCUGUUUGAGCUGUACAAGGACGUUCCUGAGGAAGUGGCCCAGGAAAUGGUGGUACUGGGUUUUGUGUGUAAGGCUGACUAUAAUGUGGUUGCCAAGGCGAUCAGACACCGAGUGACUGCCAUUAAGCGUCAACGUGAGAAACAGCGCCGCUUGCUGGAAGGAGCCCAGAACAACCAGAAGGACGCAGUGGAGGAUUCGAUCUCCACCCACCUACUGCCUGAAUUGCUGAAUCAGAAACUGAGACCUCCUGGUGGACAAGUGGCCAACCAGGACUUUAAAGGUAGUAUUUCAUCUCCUACCCUCACCUCAUCACAAAACCCACCCACUGUUACAACAACAUCAUUGAGCAGCAGCCUAAAGGAUUCUGGGGUCAGCACCAUCUCCAGCAGGACAGAGGAAGACAAGACAAUAAAACACACCUCCAACUCCUCGGACAAUGAGAUUGACAACUCCUGCAGUUCAAAAAGUGUUUUGGAGAACGUUGAAACCAAGCUGCCACUAGUUACAAACUCCGUCCAGCAGUCCUCUGGCCCCACUCCUGCUCCAGCGGCACAAGAAACCCCUCGCCUCCCUGUGCCUUGCAUGUCCAAAGCCCCGCCCCUUCCUGUACUAAAGUUUCCUAAGAGCAUCGCAGUGUCCUACAGUACUGACCAGGUGCCACUUGGGUCAGUCUGCGGUUUCUCCUCGCCUGUCGAUAGCCACUCUGAUGUGACCUCAGGGUUGAGUGAUGGCAACGAUGGCCAAUCAGAAAAAGGCAACCCAGCUAAACCAGCAAGUACAAAGCAGUUUAGGAGGAGAGUGAAGGCUCGUCUGAGAAUCAUAGGGGUCUCAGACCAGGUGGAUCGAGUGGUUGAGUGUCAGCUGCAGACUCACAACAACAAGAUGGUGACGUUUAAGUUUGACCUGGAUGGAGACAAUCCAGAGGACAUCGCCUCGGUGAUGCUGCACAGAGACUUCAUCCUGCUGUCAGAGCGGGAAGCCUUCAUUCUCCGCAUGUACGAUGUCAUCAAGAGAGUGGAGGCACUCAUGCGUCAGCAGCUGACUACUCCCCAGUUUCCUUCGUCCACCGCCAGUCUUUCCUCCCAGGGCCUCUACAGAACCCUGUCCUCAUCGUCUCUACCAGACAUUGCAGAUGCAGACGUUUCCCCCUUGAAGGAGGUGGACUUCUAUGUAGACCCUGAGGCUGUUCCCCCAGUCAGACCGCUGAGGUCACAAUCCUUUAAUCCUUCAUCAGCUUAUACCCAUCAGCCCCAUCUCUACCCUCCCCCAUACCCCCAGCCAGAUGUUCCUCCUCCGCUCCCCUACCUCUUUCCUCCAAAUCAGCAUCCUCUAACUGCCUCACAGUUCCAGUUUCACCCCUCUCUCUUUCCUAGAGAGACCUCCCCUUCACGUCACCACCAGGUCCCCAGUAACCCUUUCCUUGUCACCACAGCCUCCUCCUCAACAUCAGCUCCUCACCCUUCCCCAACAAUCUGGCCGCCCUCUGACCCGUCUUUGCUCUCCCUGGCAAAUGUGCUGUCUCUGGCAAUGAGUGUGGCCCAGUCCUUCCACAUGGGGACCAGCCAGGGUUUUCUCCCACAGCCCCUGCCUUCUUCCUUUCCUUCUACUCAAAACCCUGUUUCCUCCAACGUGCCUCAGUCACUGGGUCCAACAUUCCCUAUAACAAACCACAAUUUCUCUGCUGCCUUCUCUGUCCAACCACCCUACAAACCCCCCAACCUUUCGAUGGGUCCAGGUGCAGAAAUCCAGCAGGCGGCACCAACCAGUUGGACAGAAACACCUCAGCGUCACAGUCCAAUGGUGGUGAAGUUAGGACAAGCUCCGCCCCCUAGUGGUCCUGAGACUCUCCUUGCUACCAACUGGGUCCCAAAUCCAGCCAGUGCUCCCAGUUCAACCAGCAAUCCCCUUUUAAAUAGUCCCCCCAGUCUCAAUGGGAUUUCAAGUGUCACCAGUUUUCCCAUUAUGACCAGUGCUCCCAGGCCCAGAAAACUGUGUGACUCCUCAGCUCCUCCCUCACCUCCUGCACUGCCUCCUCACAACAAAGUGUCCACCGCCAUCUCCCUGUCACCCAGGUUGUCUCCCAUUCAGGAGGUGAAAAAACCUUUGGUCUUCAAGGUUGGUCGUUUCCAGGUGACAUCGUCUAAAGACGUUUCCCAUCAGGAGUUGCGUCCUCUCAGCCACACCACUCCCACUGCCCUCUCUCCACCCCCUUUCAACAAGAAACAAACAGAAAGCUCAAACAGCGGCGUGGAGGAGAGUGAUUCAGAGAGCAGCAAUAGAAUGUCCACCCAUGGGGGUAACCCUGACAACACGGGGGGACUCGAGAAGAGGAAGAGGGGGAAAAACCAGAAAGAGAAAGGGUGUGAGAGUCAGACGGAUGAUUCGUCUGGAAGCCCCAUGAUGAGCAGCAGCUUCAACCAAUCGCUGAGCCACUGUGCACCUUUCGUCAGCUCUGAUGAAUCAGAGAGUGAGAAUGAGGAGAUGUGGGAGGAGCUACAGAAGCUUCGUCAAAGACACCUGACGGAGGUGCAGAGACUGCAGGCCAGUCAGAAGCAGGAGAUUGAGGAGCUGUAUGUAAAGAAAGGUAAAAUUCCACCGCCAGGUAUUGUCUCUGCAGCCGUCAUGUUGAACCACCGCCAGCGCCGCCUCUCCAAGAGUAGCCUGAACUACCCUGCUCCUCGCAAGAACAACCUGCAGAAACUAGAUGUGCUGCCGCCUGCAGGAAUCAUGAGGAAAAGCUCUGUCAGCAGCAGUAGCAAUGGAUCUCAAGAGAGAGCAGGAAAAGGAGUGACCUUUGUGCCAGGACACAGCUGCAUGUGAAAGAGAAGCUGCUGAGCAAAGACCCAGAUGGAAACUGAAGAGGAGACAUUGUCAAGCUAUUCUUAAACCUGCAGCAGCUUUUAUUGUUAUGGUUCGCUCGUCCGGCCUGCUAGGGGGAACUUUGAGUUUUAGUCCUGUGUCUUUGAUGUCACUAUCUAAUUGUUUCCUGCCUUAUAAUCAGUUCCAUUAUUUCCACCUGUGUAUUUAGUACUUAAGUUCCUAGUUUGAAUCCAUUUUGUCUGUUUGUUAGUGAUGUUACAUGGAUGUUACCUCUGUUCGGUCGUGCGAUCUUGUGCCUGGCCUGUCUCCAGUCAAGGUUUGUCUAGUCCAUGUGUUGUUUCUAGUUUUGAAUUAUUAAGCAGCUGCUGCAUGGCAGUGAUUUUUAGUUUAGUUAUUUGUGUUUAUUACUGCCCUUUUUUCAAGUUAUUUUAUCCUGCUUGUGUUUAUUUAGUUAUUAUUAAACUAUUUGUAUCUGA